AAUAAAUGCACCGCCUUGACCACCGAAUCCUCAGUCUCCUCUUCCGACCGUCCGAAAGAACAAAAAAGUUCCGCUCCGAUCCUUUCACACCCACAGCAAAAGCCACAGACCCAACCAGCCGCGCGAACUGCGCACCAUGCGCCUCUGUUAGCACAUCUCAGACUGUGGGGCUGCUAUCGUGCGCACAUAGAAUCGAAGUUAGAAGUCAGGACUGAGAGAGGAAGAGAAGGCAGUGAGCAUGGGAGAUCUCUACGUUUGGCUCAUCUCCUUCUUCUUCCUCAUUGCCCUGCUCGCCCUUGUUGUUUUCCAGCUGAUGUGCCUGGCAGAUCUUGAGUUUGAUUAUAUCAACCCUUAUGACUCUUCAAAUCGGAUAAACAGAGUGAUUUUGCCAGAGUAUAUUACAGAAGGAGUUUUGUGUGCUUUCUUUCUUAUAACAGGGCAUUGGUGCAUGUCACUGUUUUGUGGUCCAUACCUCUAUUAUAAUGUGAAACUGUAUAUGAGAAAGAAUCACCUGGUAGAUGUUACUGAGAUAUUCAAUAUGCUCCACAAAGAAAAGAAGAUCCGGCUUUUCAAACUCUUUUAUCUUGUCGUCCUCCUGUUUCUCUCGAUAUUCUGGAUGAUUCUAACUGCAUUGGAAGACCAUGAAUAAUUGGGGGACAAUGGCUGCCUCAGCGGAAAUAUUCAGAUUCGGAAACAAUUGCCCUGUCUGCACGGUUGAUACUAAUUGCUGCUCCUUGUCAUGAUUUAUUGCCACUAAAUUACAAAUGAUGUAAUUUGUGGGAGAUUGGAUCGUAAAUUAAUUUGGUACAGUACUCUGACAUUUUCGUAUAACACUUCUGUAAGUUUGAGGGAUUUAGGGUUGUGUUUUAUAGAUUUGCAGGUUCAAGCAAUCUAAAACUCUUAGGGUGGUAUUUUGAUGUUUGCAAAGAAGAGGUGGUGUAUGUACGGUGAUGAACAACCCGUACUCCCACGCGUUGCAAGGUGAUGCAUCGAUACAUUUCAGUCCAAUUUAGCUUCUAUUUACUUGUAUUUCA